UCCCAUUUUUAACACUGGUAUUUUACUUGUUUGUUUUAGGAUCUCUGUAUGGUAUAAUGCAGUUAUUUUCCAGCACGUUUGUGGGCUGCUGGAGUGAUAUAGUGGGAAGACGGUAUUCCCUGCUUGCUUGUAUUCUUCUCAGUGCACUGGGGUACUUCCUUCUUGGAAUAUCCACCACUGUGCUCCUGUUUGCCAUUUCUAGAGUCCCUGUAGGUAUUUUCAAACACACACUCUCCAUCUCUAAAGCCCUGCUCUCUGACUUGGUUUCGGAGAGGGACCGCCCUUUGGUAAUGGGACGCUUCAAUGCAGCCUCCAGUGUGGGCUUCAUUCUGGGGCCUGUUGUUGGUGGCUACCUUACAGAAUGGGAAGAUGGCUUUUAUCGAACGUCCUUCAUCUGUGCCUCUAUCUUCCUCCUGAAUGCUGGUCUUGUGUGGAUGUUGCCCUGGAGUGAAGAAAACAGUGGCAAUAGGGAACAUCAACAAGCCACCAAAGGAACAGACAGUUUCUCAGCAAAAGCCAACUGUGACCUGCAUGUGAAAUCAGCAACUAAUGGAGCUGUGGCGAGCAACAGCCUCUUCCAGUCUCCCUGGACCCAAGUUGCAACAGUGCUGAGGAGGAUUAAAGGAAUUGCCUGCUCUGAUCUGUGGGAUAUAUUUUUAGUGCGGUUGCUGAUGUCUGUUGCUAUACUGCUGUACUACAGCAAUUUUAGUUUGGCCUUGGAGGAGAGGUUUGGGGUGAAACCCCUGUUUGCUGGAUACCUGAUGAGCUACAGCAGCGCCCUGGGAGUGCUGGCUGGCUGUCUGCUGGGACCAAUAACAAGACUCUAUCAGCACAACACUUACAGACUUCUGCUGCACUCCAGCACUCUCACCUGCACGCUGAUCCUCCUGUAUGCCUCAGCACUCAGCAUAUGGCUGGUUGUUCUGUCUUCCACGUUCUUGGCCUUUUCCACCACUAUAGGUCGUACUUGUAUCAUUGACCUGGAGCUGAGCAUUGGUGGGAAUGAGGCCAGUGGCACGCUCCUUGGUGUUGGACAGUCUGUCACCUCAGUGGGACGUAUAGUUGCCCCGCUCCUUUCUGGAAUUUCUCAGGAGUUCAGUCCCUGUGGCCCUCCCAGUUUAGGGGUUGGACUGGCUUUAGUAGCCAUUCUGGUAAUGAAUGUGAACAAACAGAAAUACUGCAGCCGUGGAAAUGUUAAGCUGAAAAACCAAUAG